AUGCUUUCCUGGUUCAGUUUUCCAGGAUUCACUGUUGCUCAUUGUGAUGCUGGUGCAACUUAUGGAUCGAUUGAUAGUCCUGAUCUUGCCAAUGAUCUUAAUGAGAAGAUACAUGACUCGAUUCAUGAUCUCCAAUUACCGAUAAAAGAAUACCCGUUGGAGCUGAAGCCGCUUUUGUAUGCAUUUGGCUUUAAGCAUUUGAGUAUGACGACUAUUAGGGCCUUUUUAUUAUACUAUUUACCACUUCUGGAGCCUCGUCCGCCCACUGAUGACGAUGACGAUGACGAUCUGCUUCAAGAUGAUUCAGAGAGGCCGCCGGUUGACCUGGUUACUCCCUUCCAUAAUUCAUUGAAGCAAAUCGCUCGCGAGAUUUCUGUUGUAACAACAAGAAGAGUAUUCGAAAGGAUUGCGGUUUGUCAUGUUUCACAAAGAACAGCAUGGAAGCUUCUCAAAGAUGCUGCAAAAUCAUCGAAGAGGAAAGCUCUGAGGGGGAUGUCAAUUCCAGAAUACACAUACUGUGUUGCCAGAACAACUUUCCGAGCGCAUGCAUUGGGAGUAGCUGCUACUUGGGUUGUACAAUCUGUCGUCCAGGUCUACAAAUGUUUUAUUCGUCAACCUGAUAAUGAUGACGAAUUGUUCGACGAGAAGGAAAAACUCAGAUUGUUUGCGAGAAGGAUCUAUAGUGUAACCAUCAAAUGUGGUUUCUCUUUGGUUUUUGCCUCGAUUGGAGCAGGCCUCGGCGUCCUUCUGCAUCCAGUGCAUGGACAAUGGAUUGGUUGUAUCCUUGGAGAUUUUGCAGGACCAGUUGUUGCUAUCCUUAUUUUCGAGAAGUUACAGUUCCCGCUAGAAGCUACUGUACUUCGUUGCCGUGCUUCACAUUUUGAACUCAAAGGAACAUUUCUGUCCACUGGUUUGCUAAAUUUCUACAGAGGAACGAACAUCGGCACCUUCCACGAAUCGCAAGGCAGGAAUCACGGACACCACGCAAAGGAGCAUCGGCUGCGUCACCAUGCAAAUUGGGUCACCAGAUCUGGGAGCGCCGACGGGGUCACCAAGCUGCAGCUAUAG